GCAUAGUCUGUUUCACCAAAGCACUCUUCUUUCUUAUUUAUUUUCACUAUUUUACACCUUACACUAUUUAAAUGACUACACCUCAUUUCGGUACCAUUGCGGCCUUAUCUACGAUUGCUGUUAUCACUGGGUUAUUUAUAAGGUACCCUGAUUGUGCCUUGUUUGAUCAACAUCGUAAAGAUAUUCCCCAUAUCAAGGGCGAUCCCUUGAUCGGUAACCUCAUGGCCGUAUCUAAAAAUAAAAACCGUUAUUUUGAAUAUGUAUUGGAAGUCUAUGAAGCAUUAGAUACUAUGACAUUUCGAUCUUCUUCGUUGGGUAUUCCUAGCGGUAUCAGUACUGUAGACCCAAAAAAUAUUGACCAUGUGUGCAGAGCCAAUUUCCAAAAUUAUGUGAAGAGCGAGAAUUUUCGUCAUAUAUUUCAUGAUGUAUUAGGAGAAGGUAUAUUCAACACGGAUGGAGAAAGCUGGAGAUUACAACGAAAGACAUCAUCACAAAUAUUUCAUGUGAAAAACUUUCAAACGGCAUUUACAAGCAUUUUCGUGAGUCAUGUUCAAACUUUGUCGAAUGAAAUUCUAGAGAACGCCGUGAAUCAUCACCAGGCCGUCGACUUUCAUGAUCUCAUGCUUCGGUUUACCAUGGAUACCUUUGUCGAAAUUGCAUUUGGCGUAAAACUAAAUUCGUUACUGGAGGAUCAGGAUUUUGCCGGAUCAUUUGACGCAAUACAGCAAGACCAUUACCGACGCAUUAUUUUUCCACUUCAUGGUCUCAUGCGUAAUUUGCAAGAUACCUUUACAAGCCAAAAAACCAUCAAGCAACAUAUUCAAACACUGGAUGAUUUUAUUUAUAGAAUUAUCAAGGAAAGAAGACUGAAACAUGAAAAGUCUCCAGAGAUGGAUACAGAGACUUACAAGACCGAUUUGUUACUUCGGUUUAUGAAGGCCAAAAGUCCCUCAGGUGAACCUUAUUCAGAUAAGGAGUUGCGUGACACCAUGUUAAAUUUAGUCAUUGCCGGUCGUGAUACUUCGGCACAAACCAUUGCUUGGUUUUGUUAUAGCGUCAUGAAUCACCCACAAGUCCAAGAGAAAUUGCUGGAAGAAAUCGAACAAUUUAUCACUGACGAUAUUGAACAGGAUACCGUGGCAUUGUAUGAAGCGAUUCAAAAAAUGAAAUAUGCACAUGCAGUAUUAUAUGAAGUACUCAGGCUUUAUCCGUCUGUUCCAAGUAACCGAAGACAAGCAUUGAAUGAUGAUCUAUUACCUGAUGGUACACAUGUAAAGAAGGGGGACGAAGUGAUUUUUCAACCAUUUUGUCAAGGACGCCAUGAAAAAGUAUGGGGACCUGAUGCAAAGCAAUUUAAACCAGAACGCUGGAUAAACAGUGAAGGUAAUCUGGUACGUGCUGAAUCGGGUAAAUAUAUUGUCUUUCAUAUGGGCCCUAGAAUCUGUCUUGGGCAAAAUAUGGCAACCUUGGAGGUUCUAUUAACUAUGUCCAUGUUAUUGAAAAAGUACAAAUUGACAAGAGUCCCAGGUCACCGUGUCGAGUUUCUGAAUCAAGUGACUUUAUCCAUGAAGGAUGGUCUUCAAGUAAAUGUUGAGAGAAGAAAUCCAGUAUUGCAAAUCAUUUAAUAACUAUUGAGCUAUACAAAAAAUAAAACUUUCUGUUUAUCACUUGUUACAGCCAUAUGCAGAAUAAAGUAGCAUAUAUGCAAAAUGC